AUAAGACUUUCGUCCGCAGCAAUAGUUUGCUGGUUAGUUCGAUUGCGUUGUAACAAAGUGAAAUAAAGUGCAUUAGACUUUCGUUGAAGAGCAAAUACGAGCGCGCAUCCCUCGAGUUCAAUCGUCCGUGGCAGAUUUUUGUUAGUUUUGCAAGCAAAGGUACAUCGUGUGCUCGCUGAUAACUUUCUAUUUUCAAUACUGCGACCGCGGAAAGUUUUCAUUUGCAAAGAACUUCGGAUUCAACGAGAUACGGGGCAAAAAACGUGGUAAACUCGCAAGAGAUGACCUCGAAAAAGCACGAUGCUGAGUAGUGAAGGGGGUUAACGACAGUGCUUGCACAAAGGUCAAAACGAGACUGUCUCUAGCUUGAUAAGGCCACCAAUAACUCCCAUACUGCUAUACGUGAGAAAAACAAUUAUUUCAUAGUGUAUAUACUCGAUCAAAUUAUUCGCGAGCCCGUGCAAUUGUCGAAGAAUCAUUGUUAAUAGGAUUUGAAGGAUUCGUGUUCCAGCGACUAGCAGCCUUCUCAAAUUGCUGCGCAGCAUUUGGAAGCAAAUUCCCCGGAGCUGAAAUGGCGUUUCCUCUUAAAAUUGCUCUAUUGAUGGUGUACCUAUCGGUACCAAUGAAAACCGUCCGUGGUGAUUCAGCAUCCUAUUCUAUCGUCGCUCCUGAUCCGAAAGACGAGGCCGUACAAUUCAAUUUUGACGCGGCUAAAAAACGUGCAGACAUUGAACUCGACGAAGAACUCGACCAUCCGGUUUGCGUUGCUGUACUCAAUUACACCGAUGUUACAGCUCCCGAGAUCGGUGCGUUUAAGGAUGACAAAAGUAACUACGUCCUGGGUGCUGAGUUCAAGCAGGACAACGCCACAAAACGUUGGUCUCUUUGGAUAAACAAUAAACAAGAUUAUGAGCAAGAGGAGAUGCGGGAGUACUUGGUUCCUGUAUACGUGUCAAACCAGCCGUUCCUCAUAGCUCUUCACAUACAAAACAUCGAUGACAAUCCACCAGUCAUACAGGCAGUUGAGAAAAAUUGUAAAAUUAAGGAAAAUUUCAAAGGCCCAUCGAAUUGCAGCUACAUAAUUAAGGAUGCGGACGGAUCCAUUGAUCAAGUUAAAAUCACUUUGAGUCCAGAAUCAGAGAGAAAAUAUUUUCAACUCAUACCCUCGGCCGAUGAAAAGUCAAAUUACGAACUAAAAGCAGUUCUUCACGUGAAUGAAAGCCUUGACUUUGAAACCACGUCAAUUCACAUGCUGGAAAUUCAAGCGAUUGACACCGGUGGACAUAAAGGGACUCUCGACGUAGUCGUGUCAGUGAUUGAUGUAGCUGACCAGCCACCAGUUUGGACGCGGAUAAUUCCUGUCGUAUACAUGUCAGAAAAAUCGAUUCACCGUUUCAACGUAUCGGCAAUAGAUGGAGACUUCCAGAUCAACGCGGUGAUCAAUUACGCGAUUACAAUUUCCGAGGAGGGUGACGAGAAUUUGUUUGUGGUAGACAAGGAGACUGGCGUUAUCACGAUCCACGAAAUAGAUCGGGAUAAAAGAAAGCAAGAGAUUUUUCACUUCCUCAUAACUGCUUACGAAAAAAUGGAUCCUCCCUCAAAUAUAAGUCAAAAUAUUUUUGUCAUUCUCGAAGAUUUGAACGAUCAUUCGCCUGAGAUUACACCCGACAGUCUGAACAUUACGAUUGAUGAGGAAACAUACAGAACACUCGAGUUUAAUCAACCGAUCGAAAUCCAAGAUCCAGAUUUGGCAGAAAAUGCUCAGUUUUCUGUGAGUCUGGUAGACACCUCGAAGCACAAUUGGAGCUCGGCGUUCGCUGUAUUACCCACCACGGGUUAUCAGAAAGGAGUAUUCACUAUUUCUGUCAGCAAUGCCUCCCUUCUCGAUUACGAGAACCCGGACUGGCAAAACAUCAGGAUACAGCUGCGAGCAACCGAGCAAAAAAAUACUACUCACGUGGGCAUGAAGGACAUUUACAUCAGUCUGCAUAAUUUGAACGAUGAAUUGCCAAUAUUCGAUAAAAAUUCUCCCUCGAGUGUCAACGUAUCCGAAGAUGUUCAGGAACAUGCCCUUGUAGCCAAGGUCCAUGCUACUGAUCGUGAUAUCGACGACAAUGUCACACACUCCUUAGUGGGUCAGGGAUCCUUAACGAUAGACGAAAAAACGGGCGAAAUUUUUACGAAGGCAGAUGCUUUGGAUUAUGAAUCUAUGCCGACAGUUAUUGUGCAGAUCGUCGCAACAGAUCUGGCUCUUCACAAAACUUAUACAGUCUUAACAAUCAAUGUCGAAGACGUUAAUGAUGUACCACCAAAGCUGUCCUUGCCGAAGGAAAGUCCGACGCUUGAGGAGGAAGUGAAAAUCGGAACUAUAGUCAAUGCAACAAUAAGCGCAACGGAUAUCGAUACAGAUCCGGAAUUGAAAUUUAGUAUCGAUUGGGCGAAUUCGAGAGCCCAGAAAGGAAGCGUCGACGUCAACGAAUCUUAUUACCGCGGGCGUUUGGAAAUCCUGACGAAGGAAAUCAGCAAAAAUCAGGUCGAGGGUACUUUGAACGUCGCCGGACGAAUCGAUUACGAGAAUUUUGACGUCAUAUUCCUCAACAUUUCCGUAACAGAUAAGAAAACCAAACACAACGAGAAUACGACUUCUGCUCUGUUGACUCUGUACAUCAAAGAUAUCAACGACAAUGCCCCGGUAUUUAUAAACCCUGUGAAUCUAAUGGAUGUCAAUGAAAACCAAGUUAAAAACCUGACGAUUGGAAUCCUAACUGCAACGGAUGCUGAUGGGCCUCAAUUCAACAAAGUCUCGUAUUCCAUAAAGCCAAUGAACAAUACGAAAGAUGGCCUCGUGUUCAUCGACGGCGGAACUGGUAUGAUCAAAGUCGACAAGGACAAAGGAAUUGACGCCGAGGAGUAUGAAUACUUGUAUUAUAUCGUAACAGCAACAGAUGGUUAUCUAAAGACGCCGAUAAAUGUAUCGAUUUACGUGAAUGAUUUGAAUGACGUGGUGCCCGAAUUAUGCGAUGAAAAAUUCAAUUCAACGUUGUAUAUACCUGAAAAAACAGAUAAUGGAAAAUUUAUUGUGAAAAUUGAGGGCAAGGAUUACGAUAGAGAAUCACCUUUCAACAAUAUAUCGUACCUCAUAAACGAAAAUUAUUCUGCACCAAUGGAGUACUUCGGUAUAGGAAGAUUCGACGGUAGAAUAACGGUCAAUCUCACUGAUGGAUUCAUCCUCGAUCGUGAUCGUGGUCCCUCCGAGUUCACGUUGAAUUUAAAACUUCGUGACAAUUACAUUCAGGACGGCACGACGUGGAAUACCAAUUCAAUUGACACCGCGGUGAAAAUCAUUCUCACGGACAUCAACGACAAAGAGCCAGUUCUUCCGGACUUGGGUGACCCGGCGUCAAGUGUGUCCGAAAAUACGGACAAGGAUCGCGUGGUGCUCCGAGUUGUGGCUGACGAUCAGGAUGACCCGAAGACGAAUAACACGAAAGUAUCUUACGCGAUAAAAAACAUUACUUCGGCUAACGGAAACUACGUCAGGGACGAAAGUUGUAAAGCUCUCUUUGACGUUCGAACGGUGGAAGAGUCCAUCGCUGAAAUAUUCACGACUUGCCAUCUCAGAGGCUAUUACGGGCGCUGGAUUAUUGAACUUUAUGCCGAAGAUCGAGGCACGGAACCCCACGGACCACUGAAUUAUACGAGAAACUACGUCAUCGAUGUCACCGAUUUCAAUUACGACCAACCUCAAAUACUGUUUCCAAACACCACAAAAAUACCACUCAGAAAGGACCAAACACCGCAUGCACCAUUAAGAACGUACGACAACACUUUGCUCAAUGACUUUCGUGCGGAUGACAAAGACCAUGGAGAUAGCGGACUAGUCACAUUUUCAUUAAGAAGCGCAACUGGGGACCAUGAAAAGUUCGAGAUCAGACCAAUCAGUAAAAACGUAGCCCAGUUACGUCAAGCACAAGCGCUAUAUCCCAAUGGGACGAAGUACAUCUACGAGUUGACAAUAGUGGCCAAAGAUGGUGGAAAUCCUCCGUUCAACACGACACGGGACAUUCAGCUAAUGUAUGCCGUCAAAUCUGGUCCGAGCUUCGAAAACAACACUUUAACAAUGUCAAUUAAAGAGAAUAAAACGGGACUUGACUAUCGUCAAAAAAUCCCUGAAGCCAGUGACAUGAUCGGUGAACACAUCUUGCCAGUUUAUUACUUCUUCAUGACUAGUGAUGACACUAAGUACUUUGCAUUGAAUAAAUCAUCUCGUGAGUUCACUCUGAAAGAAGAACUCGAUCGUGAAAAACAGGACAGAAUGAUAAUCCACGUGGUUGCUACGCCAUACGAGGAUGUACCACCAACAAAUCCGCUGCCCGAAUCAGUUUUGGAGAUCACCAUCAUCGUACUCGAUGUGAAUGACGAAGCGCCAGUUUUUAACAACAAAAGUUAUAGAGCUGGUGUUGCGAUGGAAGACGAACGCGAUAAGCUUCUUCUUGCUGUGGAGGCUGUGGAUGCUGACCUGGACGAUAAAUUAACUUACAACAUAAUUCCGAAUAGUACAACGAUUUCCAAUCCCACGCUAAAUGGAGUCAAAGAUCCUUUCUCGUUGAAUACUGAGACCGGAAACUUGGUUCUGAAAUUCAAAGUGACUGAUGAAAUGCGAGGAUUCUUCGCUUUCAAUAUCAGUGUUCAUGACGCGGUGAAUCAUACAGAUACAACGGCUGUUUGGGUUCACAUCGCUCCGCAAACCUACCGAAUCGUCUUUACAUUCAACAAUUUAAGGCGUAAAGUUGAACAAGAAAAGACAUUCGUAAUCGCAACGUUCACCAAAACAUUUGGAUAUUUGUGCGUCAUCGAUGACAUCAAAAAUACGCUCCAGACGAACAAGCAGGUUAAUGACAAUGUAACAGCUGUCACGACCCACUUUGUAGACUCCAAGGACCAGGAGCUCGUUCAAUAUGAUACAAUUAUUCGGUUAUCCAGCGAAGCCCAGACUAUUAGUAAUCUCAAAGCCAUUUUUCUCGCGAAUCAACUCGAACUUUUGGACGUACCUAUCAGUGGCUCCACCGACGCGAACAAUGAAACAGAAAUAGUUCACUGGCUCCUCGUUAGCUUGACAAUUUUCUUCUUUUCGUGUAGUAUCACGCUCCUCGCUGUGUUUAUUAUCAAAACGAAGAGAUUGAACCAACGGCUCGACAAACUCGCGAUCACGCGAUACGGGUCCCAGGAGUCAGAUUUGGACCGCAUCGGAAAAGUUCCAACGACCAAUCAAUUUGCUGCAGCGGGAUCGAAUCCUAUGUGGAAAACAGAAAAAUCGUUCGGUGAUAAUUUGAGUCAAGGUAGCGGUGGCUCCGAUUUGAUUGGAAUUGAAGAUAAUCCGGACUUCGGUUAUGUAAACGGUGCAAUCAUGAGCCAGGAAAAGUGGCAAAAUAGUAACGAGAGACACGGAUAUCCUGUUUUUUCGAGCCAUGAAUUCAACACCAAUAAUCAACAUCAAGAAGCAUCAAUCUAAAAAAACUUGGCAAUGGUCCACAUUCGGGAGGUUAAAAAAAUUCUGAAUUAUACGCCUUUGAAUUUUACACCGAAUUUCAUCAAACACGAAUGGGUUAUUGCAAAAUUUCAACUCUCAAGAAAUCAGUAUUUAUGCGAAGUCGAGCACUUUGCCUUGAGCCAUUGUAAAGAAAUAAUUUAUUGUAAAUGAAUUAAUGACUUUUGUUAUUAUAAGUAACUUAUUAAAAAUAUUAUUUAUAAAUCGUUA